AUGUCCAUCUCCGAUUUCCGCAAGAAGAAGCUGGUGUUUCUGUUCGAAGUGUUCUUUGAUGUGAACAAAAGCGGCGAAAUUGAUGUUAAGGACUUUGAGCAGGCCAUCGAGAGUGUGUGCACGCUGCGUGGCUGGGCCAAGGAUACGCCAAAGAACAAGGAAACUUACGAUGUAAUGAUGGAAAUCUGGACUGGUCUGCGUUCCAAGGCGGACAAGGAUAACGAUGGACAGGUCAGCUUGAAUGAAUGGUGCAACAUGUGGGACGCUUACGCCAAGGAUCCCAGCAGCGUGAUGGACUGGCAAAACGCCUACAUGAACUUUAUGUUUGACUUGGAGGACGCCUCGCAUGAUGGCGGCAUUGAUGUGACCGAGUUUACUUUGGUCUGCUCCAGCUAUGGCGUGGACAAGCGCGAGUGCGAGGAGGCGUUCAGCAAAAUGGCUCAGGGCCAAACCGACGUGACCCGCGAGCAGUUUGCCGCCUUGUGGAAGGAGUACUUUGCCUCCGAGGAUGUUAAUGCGCCUGGCAACUUCAUCUUUGGCAAGACCUCGUUCUAAGACCGCGAUCAACUCGCUGCUUGUUGCCACUAAAAAAGUCUUUUAAGCUCCAACCUAAGGCUGAACUGCAACAGGCAACAACUGACACUUUGUAUUUGUAGGCCACAAUGCCAACUCAACUCUUUUUCUCAAUUCAAUGUUCUAAUUUCGUAGCCUAAUUUGUGAGCAAGAGAAAAACAAAAAGCAAAAACCAAACUCUACUUACCACAUAUUUUAUAUUUAUUAAAUACUUAUAUAUACAUAUGCAAGUAUUUCUCUAUUUAUGUGUGUGCAUAAAACGUUGAUAUUUAUAAUACUACUAACUACUACUGAUAACUCAAAAGCUCAAUUAGAACAUUAUCUGAUAAAGCUCUGUUGUAUAAUGUUGAUGUGCAAAUUAAGCCAAUUAAAAUGUCAAAUUGUUUUUGUGUGCAUAGUCUCGUAGUUUAUCGGCUCCAACUCUGGGGCAUAAAUUAUAAAUGUAAAGUGUUCCAACAAAUUGCAAACAAUAAAUGCUCAACAUCUAUGAUAACUGCA